AAAUUAAUUAUUCAAAAAAUGAAAUAUUAUAUCCUAUUAGCAAUAUUAAAAAGAAUAAUUUUAAUUAAAAUAAUUUUUUUGGAAACCACAAAUUUUGCCUUGACAAUAACACCACCAUGUUCGUGUUCAAAUGUUAAACCAAAUUUUGGUACAAAUUCAAAUAUACCACAACAAUUAUGUGUUCCUCCGUUAGCUUAUGAUCAAAAAAGUGUUUGGCUAACUUGGAAUAAACCUGAUAAUUAUGAAAAUAUUGCUGAUUUUAAUGUUUAUAUGGGUGGAAAGGUAAAGAAAUAUGGGGUUUUAACCAUAUUUUAA